GUGUCGGCGUUUCCGACGACUUCCGUACGCGCAGGUGCAGCACCGAAGUUAGCAGCUCAAACACCUUUAAAAUCGUGCUUCUCAUUAGUUUUAAGCGUACCGAGGCUGCACCCAGGCCUGUAUUGUGCUAAAUAUUGCGACGGAGGAACGCACCCGUUGGUGGGCUUUGCUGUCGGAGAGUGAGGAGGAGGAGGAGGACGAGGCCGGUCGACAUGACUCUAAACCAGAACCAUUCGGAGUCCGGCGGAGUCAUUAUCAACAACAGUGAAAGCGUUUUGAUGAACCAUGACAACGUGGAGCUGGUCUUCGUCGACACGGAGGGUCUACCCGAGGCCUUCAGAAGGAGCAAGAAAGGCAGCAUCUACCUGACUCCGUACAGGGUGAUCUUUGUGGCCAAAGGUCGAGAUGCACUCAGGUCCUUUAUGAUGCCUUUCUAUUUGAUGAAGGGUUGUGAGGUCAAACAACCUGUAAUGGGAGCAAAUUACAUCAAGGGAACCAUCAGUGCGGAACCAGGAGGUAGCUGGGAAGGCAGCACAAGCUUUAAGCUUGUCUUUACUGCAGGUGGAGCCAUUGAGUUCGGACAAUACAUGUUGCAGGUUGCCACUCAGGUUUCCAGAGGUCAACCUGUCACUCCAGGGUUUGGUGAAUGCCCUUUCAUGGCUAACGGGGCCUAUGCUUACCCGCCUCCCCCUUCUAAUGGGGCAUAUCCCGCCGGACCCCCACCUGGCUACGGCUACCCCAACGCGCCUGCUCCAGACGGCUUCUACCCCAACCCUCCAGCAUUUGAUAGCGCUGCAGCCUACAUGGCUCCACCUCCGUAUUCAUCUGCUCUGGGUCAGCAGCCCAGGCAGCCCCCACGUGACCCUGAAGUCGCCUCUUCAGCUGCAGCUGAGGCGAAAGCAGCUGAAGCAGCAGCCAGUGCUGCUAACUGUUCCACGCUGCCGCCUACACAUGUGUACCUGCCAGAGGACAAGCCUCCCCCCUACUCUCCUCCAGAAGACAAGAAGAACCAGUAGGCCUGCUUUAUUUCCUUCCCCUCCGUGAACCUCUUCUACAUGGACCACCAUGACAUCCAUUGUAAUUUAUUAUCAUUCCCUCUUUUUUUGUCUUCUGAAACACAUUCUCAACUACUCAUUCCACGACAUGCAUAACAUGACAUCACAUACCCUUUGGAUGAAAUUUUCACUAAAUUAAUACUGGCUCAAAAGAGCAAUCAAUGAGAGAGGGUAUUAUUUCAUAUUAUUAAUGUCUUGAGAGUGUUGCAAGAUUCCCUCUAUGCUUUAUUUAGCUUUGCUGUGAUUUAUGUAAUGUUGUACUGUACAGUACAACUAACAUUCAGCUAUGACUUGAGCUUAUGUUACACAUUGCUCUGUGAAUCUAUCCAGUGAGCUAAAUGAAGUAAUUUAUUUUUCUACCAUUUCACUGUAUAUAUUUUGGAGAUAAUAUAUAGCUUGUCACACUUAGCAGGGUGUACAAGGCAUCCCGUCUGCUUUGACACAUUGCGCUGGAUGAGAGGACUGCAUAGAUUAGAGUCCAGCAGUGAGUCCCUGAUCCAGGAUUAAGAUCAGACAGUAAAAGGUGGGUCAGAGCAGUUUACACAGACAGAAUGGAUUGUGUUAUGUCGCGCAAAAGUCACCAGUUUUUUGACAGUUGACAAAACACAGGCCUGUAGACUCACUGCAUGUUAGACAUAACCAUGAUAGAAAAGUCUCAAGUCAGAUUUUAAGUCUUUUGUUUGAGAUCUCCUGUACUUCCUACUAAAGUAACUAUGUACUGUA